CUUCACAACAGCCAUCGCCGUCGCCACAGGAAGACUUUAGGAUUUACGAUGACUGCCGCCGUUGCCAAGAAAGCCAUGAGAUGGCACAAGCUCCCCUUUACCAAGUUCCUCGCCCAUGAGUCUAAGCGUGAGCACUUCCAGCCCUUCCUCAUCGCCGGAGCUGCCGCUUGGGUGAUCUGCGGCAUCCUUCCCACGCGUGGUGCCACCCAGGAGGACAAGGAGACGAGCAACUACUGGAAGCGCAUCAACGGAAAGUUCGACUACAGCCACCACUAGGCGCCUACUGAACGAAUGGGGACUGCUCGCGUAGGAUAAGGGGAUGAAGGUGUCAUAGCUUGGUGCAGAAGAUAAGGAAAGCGGCUAAGCAUGUUUGUGGACGUGACUAUUCAUUGUCUGCAAUAGUUUGAUUGCGCUUCUUGGCUUCGGCGCUGACGUUCCCUACGCGACGAUUGAGUCACUACCCCACAAGAAAUACACCUAAUGCGUGAGUUUUCUUGGUA